CUCAGGACUCAGGAGUCCAGUUCCGCACCGUGCACCGCGUUCCCAUCGCGUCCGCUGCAUCCCGCUGUAGAGUACCAUAGUCCUUCGUAGUCUUUGUGCCCAAUCGAUGCUCACCCUCGAAUCCCUCAACGGCGAUGCGACCUUCCUUCUGACCUUCUACGCCUCCGCUUCCUCUCACACGCAGUUCACAGUCCUUCUAGACCCGUGGCUGCACUCAGACGCGCCCGUUUUACACCGGAAGUUCUCGAACCAAACGCACUCUGUCGCGCCGACGCUGCGGUCACUGGCGGACCUCCCUGGACCCCUGGACGCGAUAGUCCUCAGCCAGGGUAAGAGCGACCACACGCACCAGCCCACGCUGCGGACGCUGCGGACGCCGCGGGCAGGGGAAAAGGCACCCAAGAUAUAUGCCGUCCCCGACGCGGCGAGUGAAGUGUGCAGCUGGCGGUGGGCGGAGCGGCCGGAGGUCGUAGUGCUCACAAGGGAAGGCGUCAAGAUCGGGAUCGAGGGAGGCGGGUCCGUCGAGAUCGCCUAUCUGCGCGCCAGGCCGUGGGAGGUGCCGAGUUUGCAUUCCGCCGUUGCGAUCAGGUUCGUGGACGCUGCGGGGGAGGUGACUUCGGUGGUUUUUACGCCGCAUGGGAGCUCGGUGGGCUGCGUGAGGGAGUGGGUAGGUAUUGGAGGGCUGGAUCUGCUGCUGUGGCCGUGGACGGAGGUGAGGAUGCCGUGGUGGGCUGGUGGCGCGAUCUCGAGUGGUGUCGACGCGGGGAGGCGGGUUUGUCGGGAGAUUGAGGUGGGGUGUUGGGUUGGUGCUCAUGAUGGGGAGAAGUGCGUGGAGGGCUGGGUUAGCAGGUGGUUGAGUAGGAAGGAGUGGAGUGGUGAGGAGGUGGGGAAGGUGGUGAUGAGGAAGGCGGUCGUUGGUGAGAAGGUGGUCGUUGGCGGCGAUAUGGCGGGUAUAUAGUAGAACUUGGCGAUAAUGUGGCGGGUUCGAAUUGUUCUGGCGGUCUUGAUCUGGCGGUUUGUAUGUACCUGCAUGCUUAAGAUCGUUAAAUAAACUCCUGUUACGGUAAUGGG